ACUCCCGACCCUUAAUUCUACAAAGGAGAAAAUGAAAUGGGAAUAAUUUUUGUUUAAUAAAUAGUUUGUAGACAUCAAUCACUUUAAAAAUCACAAUUCUUAUUGUUACUUCUAUUGAAAUAUUAUAAAAUAUAAAAUUAUAUAGCGCAUAUAUAUAUACAAAAUAUCAAAUCCCAUCUACAUACAUACGCAUACGUUUAAACUAAGACACAAAUUGAACUUUUUAAGCCCGCGAAUUUAAACGCUGACAACUUCACGUGUAUUUAUCUUAUGAUCUAGAUAGACCAUCAGGUAUAAAAUGUAAACACAAGAUAAAAAUAUAUAAUCAUUAUUAUUAUUAUUAUUUUAAUUAAAAAAAAUGUACGUAUUUAAACCGUUUGCUUUUACGGAGUGUAAGAACAAAAAAAGUAAACUAAAACCAUCACCUAGAACUUUUCCAUCAAUAUUCUGUGAUGAAAAACACUUGUAUUCAUUCAGUGGUUAUCGUUAUGUAUUGAAUCAGUCUACUACUAUUGAUUUUGACAAUCCAAAAAUUAUAGAAGAAAUUUUGAAAUUUAAUUUGGCUACAAGUACAUGGACUUGUUUGCCAAAUCAACAGCAUUUACCAACCAAAAAAGAAAUGGUUCUUGGAGUAACUUUAAAAGCAGAUAAACUUAUCGUUGCUACUUGGAUUCAAAAUUAUCGACCAAAAAGUUUUAUAUACAUUUGUGAUUUAAAAGACGAAUACAAAGUGAUUAAACUGACGACAAAAGGACCAAUACCUAAACGUUUAUUUUCACACAAUUUUAUAAGCUACGGUUCUUAUUUAUAUACAAUUGGAACUGAUAAUGACUUGGGUGUUUUCAGGAUAAAUCCCAUAAUUGGAAACUGGGAAAAAUUGCAUCCUGAAAAUGGUGAUGAUUUUCCUGAACGUUAUGAAGAUGUUGAGUUAGCUUUUGAUGGAAAAAAAAUUUUUGUUUUUUUUGUUAAAUUACCUAGUGUAAAAAUAUCUGAACUAAAAACAAUCCAUGCUUACGACAUUGAGCAAAAUCGUUGGUUUAUCUUAAAUACAAUUGGGGAUUUAAAUAAUGCCGAACCUUUUCCUGACGGUAGAAUUAAUUUUGGAACUGGUCAAUUAAUUGAUCUUGAAAGUAAAAACGUCAACAUAAUAAUAUCAGGUGGAAUAAACAAUACAAAAAUGUAUGAUGAUGUUUGGCAACUGAAUUUACAUACAUUACAAUGGACAUGUUUCAAGCGAUUCGGACUCUGUCUUCCAAAGCCUAUUUGUGAACAUGACGCUGCGAUUUCCUCUAGUGGAAAAAUGUUCAUCUUUGGUGGAAGAAUUAAAUCUGUAUACGAUAGUUUAAAUGGAGUGAAUAAAUUGUACUCUGCUUGGAUAAAGAUACCAAAACUCACAAAUAUUUGUUGGGAAGCUGUAAAUUAUUAUUACAAAGACUUAGAUAUAAAAACAUCUGAGGAAUUAUAUCAACUUGGUUUACCUGUUAAUUUUGUAAAUUCUAGGUAUUUUUUAGGUACACUGUAAAAAAUUUCGGAUUUUAUUUCUAUUUAAAUUCACUCCGUUACUCGGAGUUCCAGAGCUUUAAAAAAAAAUCGCAUACGAAGUAAAUAAGGAAAUCCAGGAGAAUUCGCAUUCACUCUGAAUUAAAUCCGCGUUAACUCUGCAAAUUUUGUACAGUGUAUACAUCAUUUUUUAUAAAAUUAUCAUACCAAAAUAAUACUGGCAUAUUAAUGUAAAAUAAAAUAAAGUUUGAAUAUUAUAAUUAUCUUAAAAAUUUAUAAAAUAUCUGAUUAUUCAAUCAUCUGUAUGCUCAUUAAUGCUUAAAAAAUUUUCUAACUCACGUUUACUAAAAUAUUUAAAUAUAUGUUCUAUAACAUCAAAUGGUAAUUUAAAUAAAAUAGCAGUAAAUUUCCGCUCAAAUACUUGAAUGCUCUGUUCAAGUAGAGUUUUCAUAUUCAAACCUUUAUGAAGACAACGUAUCAGUAUUGAACCAUAAAUCCGAUAUUUAGUUUUAAAC